AUGACACAAGUUGAAAUUCCAAGCGAAUUACCAAGUAUUCUACGUAAUUUUACAUUAAGUGUAUUACGUUCUAAACCACGUGAUAUUAUUGAUCAUGCUGUUGAUUAUUUUACAAAAUUACAACAUCAACAAAAACAGCAAUCAGAACAGCUAAUAGUAGACAACAAUCCGGUAACAACAGUUACUACUUCGUCUUCUUCUCCUUCUUACAUUAGUCAACAACCGCAACAACAUCAAACAUCAAAUCAUAAUGCUAUAUCAUCAGGUCUUAUAGCUAGCUAA